CCACGCCGCCCGCCCGCCCGCGCCCCGCACGCCAGCCAGCCCACGACCGAGCGGCGGCGGCGGCGGCUGCAGGCUGCGGAGACCGAGUCGGCUGCGCGCGCUGGCGGCCGGCGCUCGCCACCCCGGGUGACUCGCUCGCUCCGUCCGCAGCGGGGUCCCAGUCCGCGGCCGCCGCGCGAGCCCCCGGCCCGCGUUCCGGCGCCCACCGGCCCUCGCCGCCUCUCCGCCCCCUCAGUGCCCGGCAAGGGAGGUCGCGGCAGCGGCCCGGCGGCAGCGGUGACCGUGGCGUCCGCGGCGACAGUGGCGGCGGAGGUGGCAGCCGCGGCGGCGGCGGCGGCAGCCGCGGCGGAGGCGGCGGCGGCGACCGUGGCGGAGGCGGUGGCGGAGGCCUCCGUGGCGGAGGCGGAAGCAGAGGUGGAGGCUGAGGUGGAGGCCGAGGCCUCGGCGGAGGCCAGGCGGGGGGAGGCGGCGGCCCUGGCCGCGGGGAAGGCAGAGGCCGGCGGCGCGGCCGCGGCGGUGGCAGCCACCGAGGCCAGCCUGGCGGAGGCCAGCCUGGAGGAGGCCAGCCUGGCGGAGGCUGCUGCGUCGCCUUCCUACGGGAGGGUGGAUAUGGACGAAGAGCUGGCGGCGGCCUUGGCCGCAGAAGAGGAGGAGGCGGCGGCCGGGGGCUCGGACGAUGGCAACCCAGACUUUCCCACGGCCUCGCUGUACGUGGGCGACCUGCACCCCGAGGUGACCGAGUCCAUGCUGUAUGAGAAGUUCAGCCCUGCCGGGCCCAUCCUGUCCAUCCGCCUCUGCAGGGACAAGGUCACCCGGCGCUCUCUGGGCUACGCAUAUGUCAACUACCAGCAACCGGUGGACGCCAAGCGGGCCCUGGAGACCAUGAACUUUGACAUGAUCAAUGGCAGGCCAGUGCGCAUCAUGUGGUCCCAGCGGGACCCGUCGCUGCGCAAGAGCGGGGUGGGCAACGUCUUCAUCAAGAACCUGGGCAAGACCAUCGACAACAAGGCGCUGUACAACAUCUUCUCGGUCUUUGGCAACAUCCUGUCCUGCAAGGUGGCCUGUGACGAAAAGGGGCCCAAGGGCUACGGGUUCGUGCACUUCCAGAAGCAGGAGUCGGCCGAGCGGGCCAUCGACGCGCUGAACGGCAUGUUCCUCAACUACCGCAAGAUUUUCGUGGGGAGAUUCAAGUCCCACAAGGAGCGAGAGGCCGAGAGGGGAGCCUGGGCGCGCCAGUCCACCAGCGCUGACUUCAAGGAUUUCGAAAUCGACUCGGAUGACGAGGCCACCUUUCGAUGAAGACAUCCCAGGACCCAGCCAGUAGAGCCGAAUCUUGGCUCCUACCCCCGUUUACAGCCCCCACCCCCCCAACCCACCAGCAGUGUAUUGUAUUGGGAGUGCAGGUUUCUCCCCCCCCCUCACCUCUUCCCCCUCCCUCUCUCCCCAGCUCACUCUCCCCCUUCACCCCUCCCGCUCCUCUUUUCCCCUUUCCUCCCCCCUCUUGCCCUCCCUCCCUCUCUCUUCCUCCCCCCUCUCCCCCCCCCACCUCAGAGCUAGCUAGAUUCCCCAUCCCCUCUCUGCUCUCUGCUCUCAGCCCCUCUCCUCUUCUGUCCUCUGCUCUUCCCUCCUCUCCCCAGCUGCAGCAAGGGCCCCCUGUAGAGAAUAAUCCCACUAAUCUGUGCCAUUGGAGAGGUUAAAGGCUGCCUCUUCUCCCAGUGGUGGUCGGUCUGAUUCUUAAAAGUGUUUUUCUGUCUCUUUGUUUACUGCACAGGUGAUGCAAUUCGUGGUAGAACUGUCUGGAAGGAGAAGGAAGUCUGAUGUGGGAGAAAGAAGCAAGAGUGUAAUUGCUUCCCACCAUCCCAAUACCCAGAGAGAAGCCCCUUUAUCUUCUUUGGUGUGCUGUUUUUCCAGGCUCUCUGCUCUGCCUCUCUCUCCCUCUAGCCCCAGACCCCCC